GACACAAGCAGCCUUACAACAAACAUAGCCUCUCUCACAAGACACCGGCCGUAUAAGACUGCGCCCGCUCCGUAAAUCUAAUUCCAUAAUCAUUCCCCCGUGUCACACGAGAACUUCGUCAAAAUGGCAAGCGAGAAGUCAGAUGCCCACAAGCAGGAAGCCCAGAUCAAGUCGGCCGACAUGAGCGAAGAGAUGCAGCAAGAGGCUAUUGAAGUCGCAACAAUGGCUAUGGAGCAGUUCACUAUUGAGAAGGACAUCGCCCAGUACAUCAAGAAAGAGUUUGACAGCCGAAAGGGCGCCACAUGGCACUGCAUCGUAGGCCGCAACUUUGGAAGCUUCGUCACUCAUGAGACGAAACACUUCAUCUACUUCUACCUCGGUCACUGCGCUAUUCUGUUGUUCAAGACUCAGUAAGCGCAUGCAAGUGAUCAAGGCACCCUCGGCCUCUGCCAUUCCCAUGUUCCGUCAUCGUCAAACUUUUGCCUCAUGGGUGACGACGUUUGUUCCGUCUCAGGGUUCCAAGACGCCUAGUCGUCUAGGAUUGGUUAGAAGUGAGGAUCCAUGUCGUCUUCGCAGUAUGGGUGGCAAUCUGCCAACAAGAUUCCGGGGCUCUGUUGUUCAAUGGCGUUUUAUCAGGGCACCAUGUUGAGGUCGCAGCUACCAUCAUAACGACUGUAACGAGUCUCCUUUGCACAAAACUGGCUUUGGAGGCUUUCAGGUACUAUAAUAAAGCGUUCUUGC